AUGAGUAAACCCGGGACGGAACCAAGCCUGCAAUUGAUAGAUGAAGGGAAUGCAGCUAGAUUUAUGAUAACACCUAAGGGUACUACUGAGGAAUUCCCUCAUUACCUUCGAUUAUGGAAGGGAGAGGAGACCCACCUUUGCUACAUACAGCUCGAUGGAAGAAAGGCCCGAUGCUGCUACUGCAACACAGAUAGGCACACGCCUAAACAAUGUGUAAACCUCUACUGCAGAAUAGUAGACGGUAUACAGUUGAGAGAGGGGGUUUAUAAAGCCGUGGAACCUUGCGAUGAACGGGAUAGAGAGGAAAUGAGAGGGGAAAUACAGCAAAAAGGCAUUCGUCAUUUCCUGAACUGGGAUGACAAAUGGCUGUUCCAUCCUGAUGAGGAGGAAGAUGAAUGUGGGAAACAACAGGAAACGAACAUGGCUAGGGAAGAGAGGGAGGAGGAGGAUGAGGAAGGAAGGCGCUCAAGAAAAAGGCCAAGAAAAGAUGGGGGAAGUAGGGGAGAAGAAACCCCGGACGUAAUCCUACAACAAACACCUGUGACUGAGGAAAGGGAACCCCGGGCCCCAGUGGCGGAGGAGAAUAGGCAAAACAAGGGGAAGGAUGGGGAAGAAAAGGAGGGGAAAAGCACGGAAAAGGAAGUUAAACAGGCCGCUGAGAGGGAGAUAGGGAACACAGAGAGGGGUGCCGAGAUGGAGGAAAUUCCCCCCAACUCAGUGGCAGAAGAAAGUGAAACGGAAAAACGGACAGAGGACAGGACAAAUGUGGAAGAAGCUAUGAGUGAGGAAAACGAUUUAAUUAUAGAUGAGAUGCAAAGCGAAACAGAAGAAAGUGGUACGGGCUCCCUCUCUCAAUCAAAUACGAACAUUUUAAGUGACCAUGAAAAUACUACGGACGAAGACUCAGACUGCACGGUAACGGGCAUUGGGGUAGAGGCACAGGCCCCCCAAACCAACCCGAAACCGAAACCAAGCAGGGAAAAAAGGAAAAAAAAAACGCCUGAGUGCAACCCCAGAACACCGUCACCUCCACUGCCCCCACUGCCAAGCUGGAAAUUUUAA